AUGCUCAAACUGAUAACCCUGGCCACAACUGGUUUAUUCUUCACGGAUUUCAGGAUCCAGACUGCUGGAUUGGACAAUCUCUCGACCAGCACAAGCUUUGAUGGGUCUCUGUACAACGCCACCGCGUACCUCGGUGUUUCUGAUUCAUCUUUGUUUUACACAGCCUACGCAGUGAUGGCAAAGGGUCUCCCUGACGUCGAGGGCACGCUAGGCACUGUGGCCUAUCAAGGCUUGUCAAUGCCCAAGACUGGUCUGGGUUCCAAUGCUACCGUCAGUGCAGUUGUUGAUGUCUUUGUACCAUCAUUCAACUGCGAGAAAGCCAACGUCACGAUCAACCUUCAGCCAGCAAACACAACUGCUCAACAUCCUCAAGAUACUUUGAACCUACUCGCGCCUCGUUGCAAGCUCCUUGAGGGUGCACCUCCGGUCUUCGCACUCAACCCGCAGCUCUAUGCAUGUCCUACUCGGCAGCUGAGUGGCUUGAUGCAACGAGUUGAUUGUUCUGGACAGGACUCGCCCAUGCCCAGCGGAAAUUGGCAACUCCUGACUUUGACAGACAUGCGUUAUAUGCAAACCACCAUCAAUGGCUCCGACAAUACGGACGCGUCGGAGUUCGAAGCUUCUUCCUGGUCUACUGGUGUUGCACAUGUCAGCAGCAUCUUAUGCAGGCCCAGCUACAGCAUACAACCGCGCCGCAUAACCUAUGAUCUAUCCCAAAAUCCGCCCCGUAUCCUUCUUGCACCAGAGACAGCUGGUCAGAGUCGAUUGCUGCAGAACUUCAGUGACGCUGAUCUCGGCGUCAUGUUCACGUCUGCGUACUCAGCUUCAGCGCUGAUGUUCGGCAACAAGGCAGACAGUGAACUCGCAGAGGAAUAUCCAGAUACCAUGUUCAGCACUAUGGCGGAGAUCAGUGGUGGUCCCUACGAAGUCCUGCUAGACGAGGACAUAAUGAUUUCCACGGCAGAGAAGGUCUUCAGCCACGUCGCCGUGCAAAUAGCCUCAAAAACCCUUGUUCGCUCUCAGCAGAUCCCUGUCGCUGGCACGAUAUCUGUGCCUCAGGAACGCCUGUAUGUACGAGAAGCGUCUCUGUGGCUUCUUGUCGCUGGAUUCUCCGUGAUGACCGUGAUAGCAGUUGUGGUUGCCGUUUGUCGACCAGCGGAUGUCGUGCCUCACGACCCCGAGACCAUCAGCAGUUCGGCUGUUCUGCUUGCCAAUAGUCCAGGUCUUGAGAAUGCUCUACGUGAGUGCAGUGCUGCCCAGGAAGCCCAGCUGAAGAAGAACCUUGACCGCUAUCGUUAUUCCUCUUUCUCAUCCACGAAUGCGCGUGGCCAACAGAAGUUCGUCAUCGAGGCCACCGGCAACAAAGAGGGCACUGACAAUGCAAGCGCCGACAAUGGUAUGCCCUGGUGGAAGCCUCUGCUGCUGCGACGCGCAAUGAUGGCACUUGUGUUGAUGUUGCCGCCAGCUUUGGUUGCGCUCUUGGAGGUUCUCCAUCAUCUGUCUGAGCGAGAAACAGGGAUAGCUAUGCUCUCAGACACCGAGAGUCUCUCUACAGAACUCUGUACCAGAUUCCUUCCGGCUCUAGCCAUGCUGCUAGUUUCCACGUCGUUCAACGCGAUGGAUUUCAACAUCGCGGUUUUGGCGCCUUACCAAUAUCUCAAGACCAGUAAAAGCCCUCGUGGCGCAACCCUGUCACGCUGCGUUGUGGGGAAGAUGCCUCCGGCCGUCUUGUGGGUCGCUUUCAAGCGUGGAUAUCACAGCGCAUUCUUGUCUUCAGUUGCAGCCCUGCUUGGAAGCCUGCUGACGAUCAUUGUGUCGGGGUUAUUGGUCAUCGACCGCGUCGGAACUUCAAAGCCAGCAGCUUUGCAAAUCCUGGACAGCUUCAACACGACAUGGACAAACUCAGUGGCAAACGACACCUCUGCUGCAGUUGUCGUAAGCCUCAUUGAAGCUGCGAAUCUCUCAUACCCUGCCUCAACCUACGGUGAGCUGGCUUUGCCAAAAGUACAAUUGGCAGAAUUUGCCGCCAGAAACGCUCCGCAAGGCAGCAGGCUAGAUUCUUCGCUUCCCGUCCUCCGUGGCUCUUUGAACUGCAGUAUCCUUGAGCCUUUCCAAUUCAACUUCUCGGGAUCGUACAAUGCAAGGAUUCUCUCCGCCGGUGCCACCGUUCAGGCUACAGUGCCACUGCCCCCGGAAUGCCCAUACGGAGGACCCGGUGGGAACUCAACAGAACUAGACUAUCAGUACUUCUUCCAGCUGCCCAGUAAUACGAAUCGAAGCUACGUGGGCAAAAUCCUUGAUCUGCAUGUCGGACCUUACUCAGGCCCAUUCGCGGACAGUUCGGGCGAGAUAUCUCCUUACAGUCAAGCAGACAAUCCAGCGGGCUGUCCAUCUCUCGCCUUCAUUCAUGGUUAUGUUGACGUGGAAGACAUGACCAGAUCGUUUAUGUCCACAAUGGCAUGCUCGCAACUGAUUGAGCGGCUUGAUGCCAGAGUGGUGUUAGAUGCCAACGACCUUGGAAUCCCCCUCUCAAGCGCGCCUGUCGCCAACAUAUCUACCGCAGUCUUUGUUGCCAGUGGUCCGGACAAUCAGACUUCGGAUGGCCGUACAACACCGACCGCAUUCCCGUUCAGACUGCAGGUUCACAUGGACCAAGCACUUUCGAUGUUCAAUCAGACGGAAUACUCCUCGAGCAGCCUGGCGAGUCAGCCACCUGUGGACAACUUCUACCAAGCAGUCCUGUUCGGCCGGACUCCGGUUCCUCAGGAGCUCCUGGGUAAGCGUGACGAAGAUAGCCAGAACCGAGUAAGACAGGGGAUACAAAGCUUCUACCGAAGAUACAUGGCACAAGCCAUUUCCGCAAGUAUGCGAGUCAAUGUGUCUGGCGCUACUGCUGCGACAGUGGCCGGAACUGGCGCAGGAGUGACCGCUCCAGCAGCCGAUGUGCCCGCCACGCUUGUCGAUGUGCCGGUUUCGGUGCUCCGCGUGAACACCGCGUCAAAAACCGUCCUGCAGGUCCUUCUGGCAACGAUGUUCGUCUGCGGCUUAGCAGCGGUGCUUCUGAAUCCUACCAGGAAAGUGUUGCCCCGUAAUCCGUGUACUAUUGCUGGGGUAGCUAGCUUGCUCGCAGGGAGCAGGUUAGUGCAAGAGCUCGCCAGGGCAGAAGAAGAUGAAGAAGCCGAGUUGGUGCUACGUAAUGAACCUUUACGUUUGGGCUGGUGGGAUGAAGCUAGACUGAUCGAAACACCCAAUGAAGAAAACACUGCAGGGGCUGUGCGACGCCGGUAUGGUAUUGAUAUUGUGAAGGAGGCUGAUGAAUGGCCCAUGACAUGUGAAGAUGGAGUUUAUCUUGGAAUUUUGUAA